UGGAGUAAAUGUGCGGUACAACACUAAUUAUCUGUAACGCAUGUCAAAAUUACCAAAAGCAGCACUGAGCCUGAAGCAGUUUAUGCUUCGGCAAGAAGUGCUUAAGCUUUACCGGUCCAUAUUUCGUACCAUUCGACAAGUUCCAGAUGCCAGUAGCCGACGUGAGCUCCGGGAAUGGGCAAGAGCCGACUUUCGCAGCAACAGGAACCAAACGGAUGAGCUGGCCAUCAAGAUGCUGUUACAGCAUGGCAAUCGAAAUUUAAAGGAACUCCAGACCAGUCUCGAGCUUAGCGGAACUGGACCGGACAACAAUUCGGACGGAAAGGUCAGUUAA